UGAAGACGCAUCUGUCCUUGGGAAGCAGAGAUUUAUAGAUUGUUAUAUAUUUUUGUCACGAUUCCUUUCAUGUCCCCAAAGAAGCUCAAAGGCAGUACACUGUCACUCUCACAGGUUGAACCCCUUUUUAACUUUCUCUCGGGGAAACCCCUCGGGAAUACGCCAAGGAUUUUCCACAGCGCACAGGAAGAUAAGAAUUCCAGUCUUCGAGUCCCAACGCUGAGAGACCAUGACAAGUGAUUCCAAGAGAAGUGGAAGACAAGAAGCGAUUUCAGUUGUGGAGUUUGGUUUCUAGGCGUUUUUGGUCGUGGGUAACACUUUUUUACGGACAGUCUUACGCAGAGAUUUUAAAUGAGCUUGCGGGUAGGCUAUAUAAGGCUUCAAUGGCUUGCACGAGGACACCUAAACGGGGCGCCCGGGUGUUGAUGGACACACGCUGCAAACCUGCAACCUUUUAGUCGUAGCACAUGUAAAAGACGGCUUUGCCAUCCUGAGCCCUGCCACUAAAACAACCUGUAUCACAUUUAUAGUAUGGAUAACUGUACGUUUCCCCUCGCGCAAAUCCAUUUAACAACUUUUCCCGGGGAAUGGAUUUAAUUUGGUGGAAACUGUGAAACCAAACACGUUUCUUAUUAUGACUUUCAUCUUUACGUGUAUUCCAGCCACAUACACGGUGGAUUAGUGUUAUUUUUCCACACGUUUCUAUUAAAAAUUCAGCUCCUCCGUACACUUUAAAGAGUUGUAGCCUAAAUCUCGUCGGCUCUCAUGGGACUGAGGCAUUCGUCGCGUUGUUUGCUGCUACGGCGGAAGAUGGCGGAGGCGGACAGCUCGGAGGUAGGGACCUUGUGGUGUCCUGCACCCGGCAAUAACGGGACCGGGACACUCUCACGGCAACAGCCUGUCACAUCCCCACUCUCUCAGUCUGCCCAGCCCUCCCCACUGCCUAAACCAGUGCCUACUACCCACCAUGUGCCCUGCGUCCCCCAUACGCCUCAUGUAGCAGCCCUGGCCACCUGUCCCGGUCGAGGAAAGAUUGCCAAGUUCAUCAGCCCGGAGGAAAUGACAUCACGGGACUAUUACUUCGACUCUUAUGCCCACUUUGGCAUCCAUGAGGAGAUGCUGAAAGACGAGGUGCGGACGCUGACCUACCGGAACGCCAUGUACCACAACAAGCAUGUGUUCAAAGAUAAAAUCGUCCUGGACGUUGGUAGCGGCACAGGGAUCCUCUGUAUGUUUGCUGCCAAUGCCGGCGCCAAACACGUGUAUGGGAUUGAAUGUUCAAGCAUUUCCGAAUAUUCCGAGAAGAUUAUCAAGUCAAAUCACCUACACAAUGUCAUUACCAUCUUCAAGGGCAAGGUGGAGGAAGUGGAGCUGCCUGUGGAGAAAGUGGACAUCAUAAUCUCAGAGUGGAUGGGCUAUUGCCUGUUCUACGAGUCCAUGCUCAACACCGUCAUCUUCGCCAGGGACAAAUGGCUGAAACCUGGAGGCCUGAUGUUCCCUGACAGAGCAGCUCUCUAUGUGGUGGGCAUCGAAGACAGGCAGUACAAGGACUUCAAGAUUCAUUGGUGGGAAAACGUGUAUGGAUUCGACAUGAGCUGCAUUCGCAAUGUGGCCAUCAAAGAGCCUCUGGUGGAUGUGGUAGAUCCCAAGCAGGUGGUGACUACUGCCUGCCUCCUAAAGGAAGUGGACAUCUACACUGUGAAGCCAGAGGACCUGUCCUUCACCUCAGCCUUCUGUCUGCAGAUCCAGCGCAACGAUUACAUCCAUGCUCUGGUCACCUAUUUUAACAUCGAGUUCACCAAGUGUCACAAGAAGACUGGCUUCUCCACUGCUCCCGAUGCUGCCAGCACACACUGGAAGCAGACAGUGUUUUACUUGGAGGACUACUUAACUGUCAAGAAGGGGGAGGAGAUCUUUGGCAGUGUCGCUGUCAGGCCCAAUGAGAAGAAUGUGCGUGACCUGGAGUUCACCCUGGAGCUAGACUUUAAAGGACAACUAUGUGAGGCCGCCAUUUCCCACGACUAUAAAAUGCGUUAGGAACGACAACAACCUUCCAACUACCCUCAGCCCCUCUCCACACACACUUGGAGAGGGGGAUGGCACCAGCUCUCCGACAAGCAUUCCAGUUGGCCAGCGAGGGCGACCAGACAGAUCUAAUUGGAUGACAUCAUGCCAGCACCUAAGUGAUGUCAUCAGGCAAGUAAAUAGGAAAGUAUCUAUCAGCAAUAGUGCCAUCACCUGUACCAACUUGAUCAACUCGGGCACAUCGUUGAAUGUAACAUCCUAAAUGAACUUGAUUUUUUUUUUUCUUCUCACUAGUUCAUGGAAAUUCUAAUAAUCUUUAAUUAUUUAUAUUGUUAGUGCAGCUAAUUGAAAAGCAUUGAUCUUUGUGAUGCUGAGAGGGUUACAGCACAGCCAUCAUCUGUUUUUCCUUUAGUCAUUGUUAAGAUUUAUUAUGCACUGUGUAAUUGUAUAGAUGGUGCAGUAAUCACUUGUGUUUUAUUUUGUUAUGUAUUAUUUGCAUGUGAACGUUUUUUUUUUUGCUUCAUGGAGUUUAGAGAAAAGUGUGAAUUGUAAUUUCUUUAAUUGAGGAUAAGUCAGAACAAAUGCACUUUGGUGCCAGAAUGAAACAGAAAAAUGCCUUUAGAACAGUAACAAACACAGAUGCAAUAUGUCAUGUACCACUUUGUUUUGAUCGGACAAAUUAAGAAUAUGAAAAAAAAAAGAUGAACACGGUGAUGAAUAAAAUGUCAAACAAU